UACAACAUGUUUAUUAUAUAUAACAUAUGGGUAUACUAAUUUCAGUCCCUUAGUUUCAAAAGCUAUCUCUAUUAUCUGUUUCUCUCUGACUCUACUUUUCUUAGUAUUUAAAAAUGCUUGAUUAGACACCUUUUUUGCAGUUACUCUUCUCCCAACUUUCCAGCACUAUUUUUAAAAAUACUCCUUGAACAAGUUGGUACAGUCACAUAAAACAAGUUCAGACCAUAUCUGAAGAUGUAUUUCGCUUUCUGUAUUUCUCAUUGUAAGCAUCUUUCUUUCACAAGGAAAACAAGGUUCAUUAUGAGUUUUCUGGAGUUGGCAGUGAUCAGUCUUUCAAAGCUGUUUUUCUUUAUUGUGUUUUAGCCAUUGCAUAAAUUAGUCUCCUAGCUGUGCCUCACUCCAAAUAACGUUUGCAGGUUUUUCCCAGGUUUCUCUGCAUCUCUUCAAUUCCUAAUUUCCUGUGGAGUGUUAAUAUUCAGCUGACACAUACGUUAUGAUCCCAGCCACUCAGGCUAAGGCUAGCAGAUCCCUUAGAACUAGGAAGUUCUGAGCAGCAAUGGACUAAGUACUAAAUCUGGCAUCAAUGUGGUAAGCCCCAUCUAUACCUCCAAAGGAAUCCACCACAUGCCGAAGGAAGGCUAAACCUAGCUAGGUUGGAAAGCAGAGUAGGUCAAACCUUUCCCGGAUUCUGCACUUCCAGCCUGACUGAGAUAAAGAAAACUCUGGGAGGUUUUUUAAAUUAAAAAAUAAAAACUCUCUUACAUUUAUAUACCAAAAUUUGUUCAGUUUCCAAUUAAGGAGCAUCUCCUUAGGUUCUGAUUCUUUGCGUCAAAAUUCUUUUGCUACAAAAUAUUCUUGGUGAAUAUUUUGAUGCCCACGGAUCCUUUCCCUCUUUUUUCUCUUUGGGGUAUAUAGGUAGUAGCAGUAUCUCUGAUUCAAAGAGCAUACACAAUGACUUUUGGGGUACUAUUCCAAAUUGCUUUCCAGAACACCUAGACAGCUUGCAGUUCCACCAACUAUGUUCAGUGCACCACUUCCUACCGCUAGACUUUUUCUUACCUCAAGCCUAAAUUUUCUCCUCUACUUCUAACCAGCUUGUCUAGAAGGGUUGUAUACAUGAAGAAUGAUAGGAUGUACAGCUGGAAGAUAAAUAUGUGCCAAAUUUUGAAGCCCUUUCAACGCCAGCACAAUGAGUUUAAACUUUACUUGGGCAGUGAGAGAAGUGAAGCUUUUCUAGUAAAAUGGGAUAUGAUUAGAGAUAUUAGGAAGAUUACUUGGGCAACAAUAAUCCCUGUCUUCAUGGUCUUUCAAGAAGCAGACAGUUAAGUAACUUAUUAAUCACAUUCACCGAUGUAAUUUGAGUAGCCUGGAUGUCCUUGUGCCUAGUAUGUUAAUCCCAGUGAGAACACUUUAGCCUUCAUUAUCUCUCCGUUUAUUUGGGGUCUGAACUCCCCAUUAAUUUUGGUUCUGUUCCUUCCAUUCUAAAACUUAUUCUUCUGUACUGAGAAAGAUAUCAAAGGAGAACCUGGAUCUGCAACUGGCUUCUUUUCUCUUGAAUUCCAUUAUCAUUGCUCCUCCUCUCCCGCAUAGUGGUCCUCUUCCUUCUUUUCAUCAAGACAACUUAAUGUUGGAUGGUCUUCUUUCUCCCUUUCCUUAUCUGUCUUCUCUGACCUCAGCUCAUUCUCAACACUCCUUUCUCAGGACUGAACAGGGUGAUCACCAGGCAGGGUCGCUCCAACCCAAAAGAGACCCCAGAACUGAUGGUCUGGGGAUCCGAAGGACGCUGUGAUGCAUCAGACCCCCAUCUGACCACUUUCCACUUCCACUGGAGUUAGUUUGGGCACAUCUGGAGACUUCAUCCGCAUCCCCUCAAACCGGCAGUUAGAAUGCCGAAUAGCCGUGCCCUCCCCCUACUCCAGACACUUCAGGGCGAUUGUUUGUUUUUUGCAAGAAUGAAUUUGACCCACGUAACGAGCGGUAACAUUUCUCUACGCGUGAACCGGAAAGAGAGGAGCUGAGGACAUGCGCCCAUACUACACACGGACAAUUUCAUGCACGUCCAUGCACAAUUCAGAUGCUUUUACGCACGUCCGUGGACACUGAUACUUUUAGCGGCGCUCAAGCACUCCGUGAAGAUCUUUUCUAGACCACUGCUCCGCUCCCACUCUACCUGCCCACGCCCAAUGUUCACUUGUAAGUGACUCCUAAAAAGCCUCCCAAGGCCGGUAUCCGCGAGGCUGGCUCUCAAAAGAGAGAACACCCCGUGUCCUAGGGCGCCGCGCCUGCGCCGAAGAAGCCUCUUCAACCCCUACCCCUAGAAGUUUCCCAAGGAGUCUGAGAUGACGAUCACCAGGACCCGCAUCCAUUUCCCAGAAUCCACGCUUCCGUCGGGCGGAGGGGUAUCCAGGGCUAAGGAUCCGCCGACUCCAGUUUGCCAGGCAUGCUGGGAAUUGUAGUACCAGGAGGAGUCCGCGCAGGCGGAGUACUUGGAUGAGAAAGCGGCCGGGUUUUCUGAGCCCUGGAUACUAGGCGAGCCUUCGCGUGUGAGUGGGGCGUGGCGUGCGCAUUUGCACACGUGCACGCGAAAAUAGGUCUGAGUGUGUGCUGACCAGAAAGGGUGCGUGUGUGAAAGUGAGCUUCAGUUUCCCCCUUUGGUGAAAGUGUAAAGAAAAUGUGGGUGCGGGUGUGUCCGCGUCUGUGUGCGUGCUUUUGUCGUGCGUGUCGAUGUUUGUGCGCGUCCUCCUUCAAGGAAACUGAGCUUCUGAGUGUGAGCGCUUCCGCACACGAAAGUGUGUAAAUGUGUGUGUCUGUGUGUGAGUGAGAGUAUGAAGGAGCAGAGAGGGAGCGAGUGUGGAGAAGGAAAACAGGAAGCUGGGAUUGGAACCUAAGACCCGACCCCUGAAAGGAUUGAGGAGCUGGUCCUGGAGGAGCUGGGGGUCUUCUUGUCGAGGAGAAGUGGAAGCCCCCAAGAGGGAGGAGCCGGGGCGGGGGCGGGGGCAGGGGCAGGCCGAGGUCGAUCAGUCAGUCAAUCAGCAGCAUUGAUUAGGAGCUCCCAGUGUGUCCAGCAGGAGCCGCCUUGGCGGGGGAGCUGGACAGCCUGGAAAUAUCCUUGUUCUGGCGCUGAGCUGAGCUCUGGGAACCCACGUUGGUGACAUUUCCCUUUCUGACUUCUCAGGGCUGGGAGCUUCCCAAGAAAGAAGGAUUGAGGAGGAAGAGGAGGAGGAGGAGGAGAUGACUUCUGGGCUCUUCAGAGUCAGAUCCCUGACACCCCUGAUGUUCCAGGAUGUGGCCGUGGACUUCACCUGGGAGGAAUGGGGGCUCUUGGAACCUUCUCAGAAGGACAUGUAUUGGGACGUGAUGCUGGAGAACUACGAGAAUUUUGUCUCCCUUGGAAGCCUUCCUAUCUCCAUACCAGACGUGAUUUCCCAGAUGGAAAGGGCAGAAGCCCCAUGGAUGGCAGAGAAAGGAGUCCUGAUUAGCACUUUCCUAGAUUCUCUUAGUCAGAAGACAAGAUGUAAAGCCAAAGAGACAACUGUGAAGCAAGAUAUUUUUGUGGGAGAACUAUUUAAAGAGAAACUUAUAAAGGAAGGACUUGGGUAUUCCACAUUGGCAGAAAGUUGGGAUUGUGGCGACAGGUCAGAUAGGCAGAAAGGAAACCAAGAGACAUGGCCUUGGGAAUUAAAAAUUACUAAUGAAACUAUUCAUGAAUGUAAUAUAUUUGAGAGGAAGUUUGUUGUUAUUCCACAACAGAGAGUCCAUAUAGAAGAAAGUCUUCCUAAAUACAAUUCACUGAAAAAGAGUUUAAAACAGUUUUUCGACACACUUAACCCUAAGAGAAUCUUCAGUGGGAAGAAACUCAAAUAUAGCAAAUGCAGAAAGCCCUUUCGUUACCAGUCAAAUCUUACUCGUUACCAUAGAACACAUCCUCCAGGGAAACCCCAUAAAUGUAAUGAAUGUAAUAAAGCCUUCAGCAAGAAAGGAAGCCUUAAUGCACAUAAACUAAUUCAUACUGGAGAGAAACAGUUUGAAUGUAGUACCUGUAGAAGAGGCUUCAGAUACCAUUCAUCCCUUAAGCAACAUCAGAUAAUUCAUACUGGUGAGAAGCCCUAUAAAUGCAAUGAAUGUGGGAAAGGUUUUAGCCAGAGAGGAAUCCUUAAGACACAUAAAAUAAGUCAUACUAAAGAAAACCACUUGGAAUGUAAUGUAUGUGGGAAAGGCUUCAGAUACCGUGCAUCUCUAAGAGUACAUAAAAAAAUUCAUACUGGAGAAAAACCAUAUAUUUGUAAUGAAUGUGGGAAAGCCUUCAGCCUAAAGGGAAACCUUAGAACUCAUAAGAGAUUUCAUACAGGUGAGAUGCCUUUUGAAUGUAAUGAAUGUGGGAAAGCCUUCAUACUCAGAAGAGAUCUCAAUAAACACAAGAGAAUUCAUACUGGUGAGAAACCCUAUAUAUGUAAUGAAUGUGGGAAAGCCUUCAGGUGGAAUGGAAGCCUUAAAUCCCACAAAAGAAUUCAUACAGGAGAGAAACCUUAUGUUUGUAGUGAAUGUGGGAAAGCAUUCACCAAUUAUCAAAGCCUAACUCAUCAUCAAAUAUUUCAUACUGGAGAGAAAACCUUUCAAUGUAGUGAAUGUGAGAAAGCCUUCACCCAGAGAGCAAAUCUUAACCGACAUAAGAGAAUUCACACUGGAGAGAAGCCCUACAUAUGUAAUGAAUGUGGGAAGGCCUUUAUUGUGAUGGGAAACCUUAAAAGACAUAUGAGAAUUCAUACAGGAGAGAAACCUUACAAAUGUAAUGAUUGUGGAAAAGCAUUCACCAAUCAUCAAAGUCUAAUUCAUCAUCAAAUAUUUCAUACAGGAGAGAAAACCUUUCAGUGUAAUGAAUGUGAGAAAGCCUUCACCACAAGGGGAAACCUUAAUAUACAUAAGAGAGUUCAUACUGGAGAGAAACCCUAUGUAUGUAAUGAAUGUGGCAAGUCAUUCAAUGUGAAGAGAACUCUGACAAUGCAUAAAAUAACACAUACUGGAGAGAAACCCUUUGCAUGUAAUGAAUGUGGGAAAGCUUUCAGCCAGAAGGGAAGUCUAAAAAGACAUAAGAGGAUUCAUACCGGAGAGAAACCCUAUAAAUGUAAUGAAUGUGGGAAAGCUUUUACCAAUCAGCAAAGUUUAACCUACCAUCAAGUAUAUCAUACAAGGGAGAGACCCUUUCAGUGUGAUGAAUGUGGGAAAACCUUCAUCCAGAAAGGAAAACUUAACAGACAUUCAAUAACUCAUAAGGGAAUGAAACUCUAUAUUUGUAAUGAAUGUGGAAAAGCCUUUAACCAGAUGGGAAAUCUUAAUACACAUAAAAGAACUCACACUGGAGAGAAAUAAUUUGAACUCCUUCAUACUGGGAAGCCAUAAACUACAUGAAAUAAUCUAUAUUGGAGAGAAUCCAUAUAAAUAUAUUGAAUGUGAAAGCCUUCAGGUAUCAAAGCCUAAAAAUUACCAUCCAUAUUUCAGACUGUUGAGAAACCCUUUCUCUAUAAUAAAUGUUUGAAAACUUUUAACUGGAAGGAAACCUAUAAUUUAUAUUAAGAAAAUUCACUCAGUGAGGUGCCUUUUCUAUGUAAUUAAUGUGGGAAAUAUUUGACCAAAACUCAAAGCCCAGUUCAACAUUAUUUUGUUUUCAAGAGAAACCUUCCUAUAUGAUGAAUGUGCUUUAAGAACUUUGGGAUUCUUAGUGAAGAUAAAUGUCAUGAAGGGAGAAACUUUGGUCCAAACUUUAGUACAUUAUGAAAUGCACAGUCGAACUCCUCUCCCCUUUGGAUAUAAUCAAUGCAGGAAAAUGUUUAGGUUCAACCUAUAUCAGAUCAUUUAUACUGGGAAAAACCUCACUUAAAUAUAAGGAAAUUGGAAAGACUUUAGAAAAAAGUACAAUAUAACUAUGUCUAUGGCUAUUGAGUGGGAACUCAUCCAUAGGUGGAUUCAAAUAGAUAUUGAAAAAAAUCCUUUUCAAAGUAACUGAAGAACAAAGUAGCCUCAUCAUGAGUCAAAUGAGGGGUUGAUAGGGGAGGGGGCAGAUUUUUGAGAGCCUAUAUACCUUCCUAGGAAACUUCAGAGAGGUGAAGAGAAAGCCAAAAGGAAUUCUAUACAGGAGAUAAUUUAUUCUACUUUUACCUAAACAGAUGACUAACAAUAGAAGUAAUAAAAGAGACAGUUUUCAGUUCAUUAUAAAGUCUAGGGAGGUCUGGGAAGCUUGAGUAGAUUGAAAGCAGCAUAAUAGGCAUAAUAAAGAUAAGAUUGUGGGACCUAUGUGUUUCAACUGGAUCUUGUUCUUGUCCCCCAGUUUCAAUUACUACUCAUAGAGGAUCUUGGGCAUAAAAUGGAACUAAAGCUCCACUCUACACACAACUCCCAUGGAAGUUUAGGAGCCAUUUGACUUAUGGCUAAAAAACCAUACGAUAAACUUUUUGAGGACACAGGCUCAUGGUCAGUAACAUAAUGGGAGUUAUGAGGACCAGCCUAACCCAAAGCCACAUAGUGAUGGGCACCAUGUAUUCAGCAUCUUAUAAUGGGAUUAAAAAAAAAAAGAAAUGGGGACAUUAUGUUGAUGUUUGUUCCCCAGAUGAGUAUAGUGUAUACAAUUCCAAGUUGUGCCCUUUAUCAGUGAAAGUCUAAAUAUCACAAUGAGCAAUUAAGAACAGAGAACAGAAGGAGCCCCACAUAGGGUAGCUCAGUGACCAUGAAAUCAUUGGAGACAACUCAAUGGAGUUGAAAUGUGACAAUCACCAGAGAAUAGAAUUUCUGCAAUUUGGAGAUGUAUUCCCUCAGUCACAUAUGUGCAUCGGUAACCGAUUCAUUUCCCUUCCUUUGUGUGUGUCUUCUGCUUGUUUUCCCAGCACUCUGUGAAUGUUUUUUCCUACUGUUAUUGUGAUAACCAAUGGGAAAAUGUACCCCAUGGGUGCAUGGGAGCUUUUUGUUGCUUUGUUUGUGAUGGUGUUUGAUUAAAUACCUUGUGCUUUAA